CACAACUAUACAAACAACAUGUUAUAGAUACAUACAUAUACACAAUGGUUCUCCUAACAACAACACCCUCCAUCCUCUCCGCCAUCAAGGCCCUCCCUCCUACCUCGCGACAUGACUUCUCCCUCCCCGAUACCUUGAACCUAGAGGACCCCAUCUCCCACGACCAAUUGAUCAAGAUAGCUCGAUACUUCCGACAACAAGAUACCACCACUACAACUACUACCUCUACAAACACCGAUAGAAGCAAAACCCUGAACUCCCUCCUCCGCGGAACAAAAGUCUACGUCCCUCCUCCGCCCAAGAAACCCGAGCCGUCACCCGAAUACCUCGCCCUCAAAGCGCGCCUCCUCGCCGCCGCCGAAACAGACGCCUACAACCGCAUGACCUCCACUUCAUCCUUCACCUCAUCCGGUUUCUUCCCUCCGUCCUCCAGAACCCCAGCAUCAACAAAACCCUCAAUCUUCACCUCCUCCACACCAACACUCGAAGCACUGCACAACAAACAUAACCCCAACAAUGAUGAUGACAACGACACAGACCCCCUUACUCCCGGCCUCGUGCUCAACAUCUUCCUCUCCGUCCUCAUCACGGGUUUCAGCGUGUACUGGGCGUUGCGGAGUUUCCGGUCCCCGGAGAUGCUGGUAUCUACUGUGGCGGGGGUGUGGAGGGGGAAGGGCACAGGACAGGGGGUGUCGGAGUCGGUGAAGGUGUUGGUGUCGUUGGGGGCGGCGGUGGUGGUGGGCGUGGCGGAGGUGAUGAUUUAUGCGAUUUAUUUGAGGAAGGUGGAGGUUGCGAGGGGGAGGGAGAGGAGGGUUAAGGAGAGGAAGGUGGUUGUGGGGAGUGAGAGGGUUGGUGGGGGGAAGAGUAGGGAGGGUGGUGAGGGUGGAGAUAUCGGGGAGAGGGUUGGGGAGGGGGAUAGGGAGGAGGAGGUUAUUUGGGGGAGAGGGGUUAAUGGAGGGUUGAGAAGAAGGGUGAGGGAGAAGUGGGAGGAGAAGGAGAAGGAUAUGGAUGUGGAUAAGAAUAUGCAGAGGGAUAAGAGUGAGUGA